AUGAAACAGAGGCAUAUUGAUGCUCCCUCAAAGUCAAAUUCAGCUAUUGGUGAGACAAGAAAUCAAGAAAAUAGUAAUGGCGGAGUGAAUACAGCAUUGAAGGACAAAAAUGCAGUAUUGGUGGCUAAGAGGUCGUCUUAUGUGAUAUUUGCCUUGUUUGUGGUGGCUUUAUAUGGGGCUUGGGGAGUGUAUCAUUAUCAAUAUGUGCAUCUGCCUGUGCCUUUGAGUUCCCAGCAGGUGGGAAAAAGGGGGUUCUCUGAGCUUGAAGCCAUGAAACAUGUGAAAGCUUUGACUCGGAUGGGCCCACAUCCUGUUGGUUCUGAUGCCCUCGAGAGUGCACUAAAGUAUGUAACAGAAGCAGCAGAAAGCAUUAAAAGAACAGCUCACUGGGAGGUGGAUGUGGAAGUGGAUUUGUUCCACGUGAAGUCUGGUGCUAACAAUCUGGUCGGUGGCCUUUUUAAAGGGAAAACUCUUCUUUAUUCAGAUUUGAAUCACAUUGUACUAAGAAUCAUGCCCAAAUAUGGAUCUGAAGUAGGAGAAAAUUCGAUCCUAGUCUCCUCCCACAUUGACACCGUCUUUGCAGCGGAAGGAGCUGGGGAUUGCAGCUCAUGUGUGGCUGUUAUGCUUGAGCUUGCUCGAGGAGUUUCUCAAUGGGCUCACGGGUUUAAAAAUGCAGUUAUAUUUUUAUUUAAUACAGGAGAGGAGGAAGGCUUGAAUGGUGCUCACAGCUUUAUCACUCUGCAUCCUUGGAGUGAUACAGUACGGUUGGCCAUUGAUUUGGAAGCAAUGGGCAUAGGAGGCAAAUCUGGUGUUUUCCAGGCUGGUCCUCAUCCUUGGGCUAUAGAAAACUAUGCUUUGGUUGCAAAAUAUCCAUCUGCACAAAUUGUCGCCGAGGAUCUUUUCUCUUCGGGCGCUAUAAAAUCAUCGACGGACUUUCAAGUGUACAAAGAGCUUGCACGACUUUCAGGGCUCGAUUUUGCCUUCGCAGAUAAUACAGCUGUGUACCACACUAAGAACGACAAGUUAGAACUUUUGGCACCUGGUUCUCUGCAACAUCUUGGAGAAAAUAUGCUUGCUUUCUUGCUUCAUGCAGCUUCUUCCACCAGCCUCCCGAGGGACAAAUCAGGAGAAUCAGAUAUGAAAUACAGCGAGGAAAAGGCUAUAUAUUUCGAUGUUUUGGGUGCAUACAUGAUCACAUUCAGGCAGCGUUUUGCCACCAUGUUAUACAAUUCAGUAAUAUUACAAUCCCUCUUGAUAUGGACAACUUCGGUUUUCAUGGGUGGUUAUACUGCAGCCAUCUCAUUGGCUCUAUCAUUUUUAACCAUCAUUCUCAUGUGGAUAUUUUCCAUUAGUUUUUCAUCUGCCGCGGCCUUUGUUCUCCCGCUCGUGUCGUCAUCACCAGUGCCAUUUGUCGCUAGCCCAUGGCUUGUUGUUGGUUUAUUCGGUGCACCUGCACUUCUUGGAGCAUUGACCGGUCAACACGUUGGUUAUCGUUUUCUCGAGACUUAUUUGGCAAGUAAUUAUUUAACUGAAAGAAGGAAAAGUUUGCCAGCUGGCUUGAAAGCUAGUGUGGCUAAGCUGGAUGCGGAGAGAUGGGUUUUCAAAGCCGGCUUACUACAAUGGCUCGUUUUGUUGAUAGCCGGGAGUUAUUAUAAGGUUGGCGCUACUUAUCUAGCUUGUGCUUGGUUAGUCUCACCCGCAUUUUCAUAUGGUCUGCUCGAGGCAACACUAUCACCAACAAGGCUUCCAAAGCCGCUUAAAACCGUGACCUUGAUUAUCGGCUUGUUUCUGCCCUUUCUACUCUCUUCUGGCAUGAUAAUUAGAUUGACUGCUACUGCAAUUGGAAGUGCUGUCCGCUUUGUACGGAAACCGGGCACAACUCCUGAAUGGAUGGGAAAUAUUAUUAUUGCCAUUUUCAUUGCUGCUGUUCUAUGUUUGACAAUGGUUUAUCUAUUGUCAUAUAUUCACAUAUCAGGUGGAAUGAUGUCAAUUGUAAUUUCCCUAGUUAGCCUGUUUGCCAUCUCUCUUGGUGCGGUUUGGGCAGGCGUGAUUCCACCAUAUACAGAAGAUAUUGCUCGAGCUGUAAAUGUGGUGCACGUUGUGGACACGACAGGCGAAAAUCGCGAACCGGUCUCUUACAUUUCUCUCUUCUCGACAACUCCUGGUAACCUGAACAAGGAAGCUAACGAUAUUGGGGAGGGGUUCGUCUGUGGCAAAGACAAACAUAUAGAUUUCGUCACUUUCUCCGUAAAUUACAGCUGUUGGUCGGACAAAAAUGCCGAAACUGGGUGG